AUGUUUCAACGAAUUUCAAGUUCGUUUGUUAACAACAGUGAGUAAGCUAAUAAGAUCAGUACAACUUAGACUGAUUAAGGAAUUUCAAGCAUUAAUUUGAUUAACACAAGAAAUAAUCCCUCAAAUUUACAAGGAUAAGUGAGAUAAAAACUCUAGUAUGAGUGGAAAAACUUAUAUAGAUCUCUAAAUGGAAAAGACCUCAAUGAGAAUGGAACAGUUUCCAAAAAACAGUUUGAAGAUGCUUUGAAAACGACAGGAGUGUUCUUAACCAAUGAAGACAUGAAGUAUUUGUCUGAGAAUUUUGGAGACUCUAACUCCAUUAAAUAUGACUAGAUAUCUUAGAAUUUGGGAUUGCACUAGAACUCAUUUAACUUGAUGAGAGAAACUCACUCAAGAAUAAACAGAAUCAAGACUGCCAGCAAUAUGUCUUCAUCAGCAGCUAGAAAUCAUCACAAUACAUCAAUCAAUAUUAUUCCAUGA